AGCCAGUGUCAAUCUCUCUUUUCCAUCCUUAACUCCUCCGAACAAAGAUCCGAGGAGUUUGGGAAACCCUAACCCUAAAAGGCCACAUACAAACCGCAAAGUCUCGCUUCGUUAAGCUCUCACAAUCGCUUUCAGUCAUGGCUGGUUUGGCACCCGAGGGAUCCCAAUUUGAUGCUCGUCACUAUGAUGCUAAAAUGACCGAGUUACUUGGAGCUGAUGGGCAAGAUUUCUUCACGUCAUAUGAUGAGGUUUAUGACAGUUUUGAUGCUAUGGGAUUGCAGGAGAACCUCCUAAGAGGAAUCUAUGCUUAUGGUUUUGAGAAGCCCUCUGCAAUUCAGCAAAGGGGGAUAGUUCCUUUCUGCAAGGGACUUGAUGUGAUUCAACAAGCACAGUCUGGAACUGGAAAAACCGCUACUUUUUGCUCUGGAAUUCUGCAGCAGCUUGAUUAUGACUUGGUUGAAUGCCAGUCGUUGGUUCUUGCUCCCACUAGAGAGCUUGCGCAACAGAUUGAGAAGGUCAUGCGGGCCCUAGGUGAUUAUUUGGGUGUCAAGGUUCAUGCCUGUGUUGGUGGAACGAGUGUUCGUGAGGAUCAACGAAUUCUUUCUGCUGGGGUCCAUGUUGUUGUUGGUACUCCUGGUCGUGUGUUUGACAUGCUGCGGAGGCAGUCACUUCGCCCUGAUUACAUUCGGAUGUUUGUGUUAGAUGAAGCUGAUGAAAUGCUCUCACGAGGCUUCAAGGAUCAGAUCUAUGAUAUCUUCCAGCUGCUGCCACCAAAAAUUCAGGUUGGGGUUUUCUCUGCCACAAUGCCACCUGAGGCCCUUGAGAUCACAAGGAAGUUCAUGAAUAAACCUGUGAGGAUUCUGGUUAAACGUGAUGAGCUCACCCUCGAGGGUAUCAAGCAAUUCCAUGUCAAUGUUGACAAGGAGGAAUGGAAGCUUGAGACACUUUGUGAUCUUUAUGAAACCUUGGCAAUCACCCAAAGCGUCAUCUUUGUGAACACCAGGCGCAAGGUUGAUUGGCUGACAGACAAGAUGCGCAGCCGUGAUCAUACGGUCUCUGCCACCCAUGGAGACAUGGACCAAAAUACCAGGGACAUCAUCAUGCGGGAAUUCAGGUCUGGCUCGUCCCGUGUUCUCAUCACCACUGAUCUCUUGGCAAGGGGUAUUGAUGUCCAACAAGUCUCUCUUGUGAUAAAUUAUGAUCUUCCAACUCAGCCUGAGAACUACCUCCAUCGUAUUGGUCGUAGUGGACGGUUUGGGAGGAAGGGUGUUGCCAUCAAUUUUGUGACCACGGAUGAUGAGAGGAUGCUCUUUGACAUCCAGAAGUUCUAUAAUGUGGUGAUUGAGGAGCUGCCAGCAAAUGUUGCUGAUCUCCUUUGAUGCAGUUUUUGCUUGGCCUGCUUAAUGGUUUUUAAUCUGGAAUCCAUAAUUAUUACUUUAUUUCUCGUAGGUCUAAGGCUUAGCUUGGAUUGAAAUUACCAAAAAUUGAGGAUUUAGGGUCCUCUGCAUUUGAGAUGGGCGCCAAUUCCCAUUUUGGUUGUAAAACAAUCUUGCCUUGUUGCAAAAAUUUGUUUUCAGUUUGCCUUGUAUUUCUGACUUUUAAGAAUCAUCCUCGGUAUUUGCAGAAUUUUUGGCCGUUGGUUUGACCUUA